AUGCGCGUUGAUUGGAUUUCUGAAUCAUCUACAAAUUCAAGAAGAGACUCUAUUUCUAGUUCUUUUUCUUCUAUAACUGAUAUAAGUAGUCGAAAUUCUAUAUGUAGUGAUACUAAAAAAAGAGGUAAUGCAAAUAAAGUUUGUAGAAUUUGUGGUGAUGUUGCUUAUAGUUAUAAUUUUAAUUGUGUUUCAUGUGAAUCAUGUAAGGCAUUCUUUAGAAGAAAUGCAUUAAGACCAAAAGAAUUUAAAUGUCCAUUUAAUGGAAAAUGUGAAGUUAAUAUAGUUUCACGAAGAUUUUGUCAAAAAUGUCGCCUAGAAAAAUGUUUUAAAUUAGGUAUGAAAAAAGAAUUAAUUUUAACUGAAGAGGAAAGAGAAUUAAAAAAUAAGAUGGUUCGUGAAAAAAGAGCUAAAAUUAAGAAAGAAAAAGAAAAUGCUGAGAGAAAAAAAUUAGAGUAUGCUUUAAAAAAUUCUUCUCAAUCAGAGACUUCAGUUGAUUCAAAGAAAAAAUGUGUAUGUAAAUGUAAUUGUGGUAAAUAUACUAAUGAAAUACCAUUAGAAGAAGUAUUAUUAUCAUAUAUUAAAAUAGCAAAUGAAAAAAAUAAGAUAGAUUAUAUUGAGCCAUCUAAUUUUCAGAAAACUUUAUCAUACUAUAAAACUUUAACACCUAUUUUAUCACCUAUACCAUCUCCAGACAAGAUAUCUUCUAAUAUCCAACAAUCUAAUUAUAAUAUACAACAUCCAACUAUUCCUCAGUCAGCACAAAUGAUUAUCAAUAAUGCAUUGACAAAUUUUAAUAUUAAUGAUUUUAAAAAACCAGCAAUAACUUUAAACAAUCAACUUUUUAAUAGUUUACUUGCUAGAGGAGCUAUUAAACCACUAUAUGUAAAUAAUAAUGUGAAUAAUUUCAGUAAUAAUUUCUAUUAA